AGUUGUCCAGCCAGAGCCCUGGGUGGCCGAGCUCAGGCCUCCGCAGCACUCUUGGGUCUGAGCCGCCCUCGGGGCAGCCACCAGGACCGCAGCCAUGAACGGGACAGAGGGCCCGAACUUCUACGUGCCCUUCUCCAACAAGACGGGCGUGGUGCGCAGCCCCUUCGAGUACCCGCAGUACUACCUGGCCGAGCCAUGGCAGUUCUCCAUGCUGGCUGCCUACAUGUUCCUGCUGAUCGUGCUCGGCUUCCCCAUCAACUUCCUCACGCUCUACGUCACCAUCCAGCACAAGAAGCUGCGCACGCCACUCAACUACAUCCUGCUCAACCUGGCCGUGGCCGACCUCUUCAUGGUCCUUGGGGGCUUCACCACCACCGUCUACACCUCGCUACACGGAUACUUUGUCUUCGGGCCCACGGGAUGCAAUCUGGAGGGCUUCUUUGCCACGCUGGGCGGUGAAAUUGCCCUGUGGUCUUUGGUGGUUUUGGCUAUUGAGCGGUAUGUGGUGGUGUGUAAGCCCAUGAGCAACUUCCGCUUCGGGGAGAACCAUGCCAUCAUGGGCGUCGCCUUCACCUGGGUCAUGGCCCUGGCCUGUGCUGCACCCCCCCUCGUUGGCUGGUCCAGGUACAUCCCAGAGGGCAUGCAGUGCUCAUGCGGGAUUGACUACUACACACUCAACCCAGAGGUCAACAACGAGUCCUUUGUCAUCUACAUGUUCGUGGUCCACUUCACCAUCCCUAUGAUCGUCAUAUUCUUCUGCUAUGGCCAACUCGUCUUUACAGUCAAGGAGGCAGCUGCCCAGCAGCAGGAGUCGGCCACCACACAGAAGGCUGAGAAGGAGGUCACACGCAUGGUCAUCAUCAUGGUCAUCGCAUUCCUGAUCUGCUGGGUGCCCUACGCCAGCGUCGCAUUCUACAUCUUCACCCAUCAGGGCUCCAACUUUGGCCCCAUCUUCAUGACCAUCCCAGCAUUCUUUGCCAAGUCCUCCUCCAUCUACAACCCUGUCAUCUAUAUCAUGAUGAACAAGCAGUUCCGGAACUGCAUGAUCACUACCCUGUGCUGCGGCAAGAACCCACUGGGUGAUGACGAGGCCUCCACCAGCACCUCCAAGACGGAGACCAGCCAGGUGGCACCGGCCUAAGCCCUGCCAAGGACUCUACGGCCGACUGUAGAAGUCUCCCAUUCCCCACACCUAGCCCCAGCCACAGCUGCCCCACAGGAGCCAGGCCUGUCGGAAUCAGGCUGUGCAGGCUCCCUGAAUUAAAA